GCCGGUGAUGUUGUGAGUUUGGAGGUGCGCGUGAAAUUAGAGUUUUUGAGCGGGCUGAGCAAAGCCGCCGAAGCCGGCAACUUCUUCUCCUCCACCGCGCUCUUCUUUGUCUCCAACUCCUCCUCCUCUUCUUCUCUUCCUCUCUUUUCCCUCCUCCUCUCAUCUUCAUCACAAUGGACACCUACAUCCAAGCUGCAAAGGACUACCUCGAGCCUCAGCCCCCGUCCGUCGACCGUCCCUUCGGCAUCCACGUCUGGGCCGUCUUCUCGGACGUCUGCAACCGCGUCCUCAAAUGGAACCCAGACGCCUUCGAGUUCGUCCAGGACGAGCUUCCUCUCUCGACCCUCACGCCCAUGAUUGCCACCAUUGUGGCCUACUACGUCAUCAUCCUCGGCGGCCGCGAGCUCAUGAGACCCUUCGCGCCCUGGAAGCUCACCUUCCUCUUCCGCGUCCACAACAUCAUGCUCACCUUUGUGUCCUGGCUCCUUCUCACGCUCUUCAUCGAGCAGUUGUUUCCUAUUAUUUACCGCCAUGGUCUGUUUUACGCUAUCUGCAACGCGGGCUCCUGGACUCAGCCAAUGGUCACCCUUUACUACCUCAACUACCUCACCAAAUUUGUUGAAUUGAUCGAUACCGUCUUCCUCGUCGUCAAGAAGAAGCCCUUGACCUUCCUCCACUGCUUCCACCAUGGCGCUACCGCUGCCCUCUGCUACUCCCAGAUUGUCGGCCACACUUCCGUCUCCUGGGUUGUCAUUACACUUAACCUCGGCGUCCAUGUCGUCAUGUACUUCUACUACUUCCUCUCCUCCUGCGGCAUCCGUGUUUGGUGGAAGGAGUGGGUCACCCGUCUCCAGAUCAUCCAGUUCAUCAUCGACCUCGGCUUUGUCUACUUUGCCUCCUACACCUACUUCACCAGCACCUACUGGCCCCACAUGCCCAACUACGGCGAGUGCGCUGGUGAGGAGUUUGCUGCUAUCUACGGCUGUGGUCUCUUGACCUCCUACCUCUUCCUCUUCAUUGCCUUCUACAUCCGCGUCUACGCCAAGGGCAAGGCCCGCAGCGCUGCUAAGCGCAAGGCUGCCGCUGCUGCUGCCGCUGCCGGUGCCUCGGAGAAGAAGUCCGUUACUAACGGCAAGGAGGCUGAGGCUGCCUCUACUCCUGUCAAGGCUGCCAAGAAGUCUUCCUCAAAGAAGAUCUAAACAGCUCACUUGACUGUCAGAGUAGUGCUCUACUCUCAACACCACCACUAACCACAAAAAAAGAGGAAAAGAAGAAAACAGCAGGCUCAGCCUGCACUUUUGUAAAUUUUUAUUUCUUUAGCGGACCAGAAAAACGAACGAGAAAGAAAGGUAGCGAGAAGAAGAAACACAAAAACGACACAACAAAAGAAGUUAUUGCAUUCUCUCUUUUUUUGCUUUUCGACCUUCUUGUGUCUUUGUAGAAUACUGUAUCAAAUAGUUCUUGUGUUUUAUUGUUUAUUGUUUUUCUUCAUUUUUUUUGAUUACCUUUUAUCUUUCCUCUGGCUUUUGUUUGUGAUUCUUAGAUGUUUUGAAUCAGGACAGAUUAGCGUUGGUUUUAUUGAGACUCGAGGCUCUUUGCAACGUUAGCACAAAUAAUAUAAUAAUACUAAUAUAAUUGCAAUAAGAAGAA